AUGUAUUCAAUUAUUGCACGACAUUUCAAAAUGUUAGCCGGUCAAAGUUUAACAUGUCGAGCAUCACUACAUGUAUCUGCUAAAAAUUUUUAUCCUCUGAUUCCAAUGGUUAUUGAACAAACGGGACGUGGAGAACGUGCUUAUGAUAUCUAUUCACGUUUAUUGAAAGAACGUAUUAUAUGUGUUAUGGGUCCAAUAACAGAUGAAUUAGCGAGCGUAAUUAUUGCUCAACUUCUUUUUCUUCAAUCGGAAAGUUCAAAAAAACCAGUUCAUAUGUAUAUCAAUAGUCCAGGUGGAAUUGUAACUGCUGGCCUUGGAAUUUAUGAUACCAUGCAAUAUAUCACACCACCAAUUGCAACUUGGUGUGUUGGUCAAGCAUGUUCAAUGGCAUCACUAUUGUUAACAUCAGGUACACAUGGUUUACGUCAUUCAUUACCAAAUUCGAGAAUUAUGGUUCAUCAACCAUCAGGUGGUGUACAGGGUCAAGCAACAGAUAUAAUGAUUCAUGCAGAAGAAAUUCUAAAAUUGAAACGACUAAUCAAUAAACUUUAUGUGAAACAUACAGGUCAAACAUCUGAAGAAAUUGAAAAGCUACUUGAACGUGAUCGAUUUUUUGAUGCAGAAAGUGCUAAAAGUCUUGGCCUCAUUGAUAAGGUUCUUGAACAUCCUAUCCAAGAUAUAUUAAAUGAAAGUGAGAAAAAUCCUAAAACAAACAAUUAA